AAGGGACCCACCAUGAGCUGGGACCUAAAAGGGACCCACCGUGAGCUGGGACCUAAAAGGGACCCACCGUGAGCUGGGACCUAAGAGGGACCUACCGCUCUACGUGCUAACGAGCCAUAAGUGCUAAAGUCCAACCUCAAAACAUAAAUGGAAAAAACAUAAUCUCGAGAGACUUAAUCAGUGUAUUCAACUUAGGUAGAUAAAUGACCCCAUAUCAUAGCCGUAGCACGUAUAAAGAACAAUCAUAUUUUCCAUUUUAUUGGUAUAAGUUGUUGCUCCCAUUUCUGUAAGGUCUGUUCCCAUUUCAGAUCAUUUGUCCAACAAACUUAAAGCAUGAUAUUUUUCUUUACUUCCUGCUGCUUUAGUUCAGGUAGCAGUUCGUCCUCUGAGUUCCUGUACAUCCAGAUGGAACUAUGUGACAAGAGGACUCUAAAAGUGUGGAUUGACGAGAGGAACGCUCAUCGGAAACCCAAACGCAGGGAGGAGAGUCUACACAUCACCCAGCAGAUAGUAGACGGAGUAGAAUACAUCCAUUGCAAGAAACGCAUACACAGAGACCUAAAGCCUGCUAACAUCAUGUUUGGUAUGAGUGACGGAGAGGGGAAUGGCGAAGUAAAGAUCGGGGACUUUGGUCUGGUGACGGCAGAAGAUAACGACAACGAUGAAAACCUGCUGGAGAGAACGAAAARGACAGGAACCAUGUCUUACAUGGCCCCUGAACAGAGGAACAAGACCUUCUACGACAAAAAGGUGGACAUCUUUGCUUUGGGUCUGAUCUACUUUGAACUGCUCUGGAACCUGUCUGGAAUGGAGAAAGCAAAGGUCUGGGAUGAUGUCAGAAGCCAGAAGUUUCCUCAACAGUUCAACRCGCAGUUCACCAUAGAGAACAAGGUGAUAGAGUGGAUACUGUGUGUGGUUGUGUUACAGAACAAG